ACCUUCACAGCACAGAAUAUCUAACCCUAACCUUAACCUAAAUCUAAUCUGACCCUAACCCUAAAACCAAGUCUUAAUCCUCAAACAAUCAGUUAAACUUGUGGAGUUCAGCAUUUUGGUCCACACAAAGUAUAGUCCACACAAGUACAGUGGGCUCCCAGUUUUUGAACUGUGGUAAAACAAGACUCACAGACACACACAUAUACACACACAAUCACACACAAAGCUAGAUACAAAUUAUAAUACUCAUAUAAAAUUACAACAUAUAUACAAAACAUUCAAAUUAAAGUAUACUGAGGAAACAAUGAUAAAGUAAUGACAACAAAACAAAUUACAUUAUUUUAAUUCACAAGACUAAGCUUGAAGAGUUUCUUGACUGGCCCCAUGUGUUCUAUCAACAGACUGCUCCAUAUGAAUAGUAUCCAGAAAGACAUACUGGGAAAUAUGAUCUGAUAUGAAAUCUAUUAGCAUUAUUACAUAAUGGGUAAAUGGUGUCAAAGUGAUGACUGAUGUAUGAGUACUUCAAGACUGUGCAAACAUACAGUAGCUGAGGUCACUUUAUGUGGAAAACACACACACACACACACACACACACACACACACACACACACACACACACACACACACACACACACACACACACACACACUACCACAAUCACUCAGCUUAGUUUUAUUCCUGAUUCUGAGGAACAAUAACCUCAUACUUAACUCAAUAUAUUUCAUGUUUUCCAUCAUUUAAAAUCAUUUGCAUCCUUUUCCACACUCCAUAUUUUCCAUUUACAAACAAAUACUUGUGCUCCUCCUCCACAACACUAACAGAAUCAUUAUGAAAUCAUACAAAAAAUGUUCCAAACCCAAAGGAAUUUCACACUACUCUGCUAGAUAGAGAGCCUCUGAAAUAAAGCUACAUUUUCUACUAAUGUCAGAUCCUUGUUUGUUUUUGUUUGAUAAUGCAUGUUAAAUACACUGUAUAUUAGGAUCACUGUGUUCAUGUAGACAGUUGCUGUUUUCUGUUACAUUUGUAUGAAGUGCAGAUUGAGCGGGAUUCUUUUAUAUCCUGUGCCAUUUCUGAAGUCCGUUUGCCAGUCCCUGCUCUCCCCACUGGUACACACACUGGCACAUGAAGAAAGGCAGCAGAAUUGGGAGGAAAGAAAGAUGAAACGAGUCGGAUACCUGAGAGAUUAAAUUUGCUUGCUCCAUUCACUGCAAAUGCCACCUCUUUGUUAGAAAGGACUUGGAGCUGAUGAAGAAAUCUCAAGGAGGAAAACAACAUGGCAAAAUAAUUCAGCAGGGGUACAUGGUAAUAAUAACAAAAAACAAUCCAACCAUUCAGAAGAGGACAGAAGAGAGGGGACAGAAGGAAACAUUUAAAACUCAGAGGAGGAAAAACAUGUGACUAUUUCCAAGAGAACAGCAGAAAACCAGGACUGCCAUCUCUCUUAUAACUUGAUUUAGUUUGUAACCCUUUUACAGUUUUAUUUUGGGUCAACUGUGUACCCUCAAGUUGUUACUUCAGGAUUGGUUUCUGACUUUGUGUGUUGAUACAGGUCAGCAGCAUGUCACAGCUUUGCUUGUGUGCCUGUAUAUGUGUGAGUAUAUGGCUCCACACUUCUCUCGGGCUGCCACCCCAGCAUCGUGGGUGGCUGCGGCUGUGGGAAGAAGGUGAGGGCUGCGGGGAUUGUAACCAGCACCUCUGCCCUCCGGUGCCUGACGACUGCCCCGCAGGCAGGGUGCUGGAUGACUGUGGAUGCUGUGAGCAGUGUGCUAACGUGGAGGGGCAGCAGUGUGACCCAGAUGGAGCCCAGAAGUUCUAUGGUCAGUGUGGAGAGGGCAUGGUCUGCCAGAGGAAAAUACCAAAAAGGGAACACAGAGCUGAACCAGAGCCUACAUGUGAGUGCCAGGAUAAGGGAUCUGUGUGUGGUUCAGAUGGGUGGACGUACCCAAAUGUUUGCCAGAUGAGAGAGGCUGCCACCCGCCAAAACACAACCCUAAAGCUCUCCGGGAGAGGACCCUGCUACUCUGCCCCCCGUAUCCUUCAAGGUCCCAGAAACCUGUCCAACUACACAGGGAAUGACAUUGUGUUUGCCUGCGAGGUCUCAGCCUACCCUCUUCCAAACUUGAACUGGAGGAAAAAGGGGAGGGGAAACUUCUUGCCAGGGGAUGAUCCUCACAUCUCUGUCCAGGUUUGAAAAUAACUUUAUUUACUAGGCAUUACUGAACUUUUCAUCAAGCAAGUAUGCUUUGAUUGUACUGUGCCCUGUUGAGUCUUGAAUUUGUAUUUCAAAAGGACCUUUGAAGCAGUUUACUCGAUAUAUGAAGAUGUUUUUGAUUGAUGGGGCAUUACACUGAUUUAGCACACAUAUCUAAGUUUAUUUAUCACAAGGGGCAGUACACAGCCUGUGAAACCUUGCCUUCUGCUGAUUUUAAUCUUGACUAUUCUAUUCUAUUCUGAUUUUAAUCUGUCUUGUGAGACCUCCUGCAAAAUAAAUAAAUAAAUAAAAAUAGCUUCAAAAUAGGUUAAAAUAGCAGUAAUUAAUCAUAUAUUUAAUCACUUCCCCAGAAAAGCACUUCUACUUUACUUCAAGUGUAUUCAUAAAUGAGAUGAAACAGUGGCAAUAACAGAUUUCCCUUUUAGCACCCACACAGCAAUGUGCUCUUGUGCCUUUCUUCACUUGUUUUACAGUCAUACACGUGGCUAAAUGCUCAACUGCUUAAAAACAAAAAAGCUGCUGAAGCAAGGGGGUCAGUUCUGGCCCAAAUUAGUAUCAGUAAUGAUUAUGAUAGAGUUAUGAUUUAUAUGACCACCCAUACUGCUGAUCAUAGUCUAAGGUACACACUUCUUUCAUUUGAGUUGAUUUAUAUCAUCUGUCAAAAUUAAAUCCCAUCAUCUAUCAGGCUCGUGGAGGCCCCCAGCGCUACACCGUCUCUACCUGGCUGCAGAUACACAGCCUCCUCAUCUCUGAUGACGGCGUCUACUCGUGCAUCUCCCGCAAUGCUUUGGGAGAAACAUCCGCUUCAGCACAGCUCACAGUCUUGAGACGAGGUGAGUCACUCAGCGUCACCGUUAAAUGUAGCCAACAGUGAAUCUGACCUUUGUGCUAAAGCAGCUCAA